GCCAGCAGUGAAGAAAUUUUGCUUGUUGUCAUUCGUAAAAUGAUUUCAAUCAAGUUUGUGCGUAAAAAAGAGAAGCUUGCAGAAUAGAUGUUACAAAAACCUAAAAUAUCUCAUUAUUUCACACCAUCAUACAAUGAAGACGAAAACAGGGCAAAUAAUGAAGUAUUAAAUGAGAGGCACGCAAUUUAAAGCCGCAGCUGACUAGCGCUAAUCCAAUGACUGUUAAACAAAAAGACUUAAGUGAUUUCAUCAAACCUAACGCAGCUCAAGCGACAACUCCCGUGAGCCGGCAACAACAGACAAACGCGCAGACGCAAUGAAAUUGGCGAAAUUCUCGUUUUGGCAGCGCUUAAUGAAUUGGCCAAUUCGCGAAUCGGUACAAUGUCAUAUUUGCAUACUUCAAAGUGGACACCACACCACAAUGGAUUGAAAGGCGGUAUAAUGAUCUAUGACAAAGGCAUUUUGAUUUAUGUGCGUAUUUGUUGAGGUGACGGCGGAUUAAAACAAAACGCUGUCAAAGCAGUGAUACUUGCAAUAAGACCGAGCGCUUGGAAAUCCGUAGCGAAUGUUAUUGGUGUCGCCCAACGUCCACCCUGCUCGCGGCACUGCAUUAUGCAUUGCGGCUCAUUUAUGGAUGUGACCGAUUGUUAGGCGAUUAGAAAGCACCGUUAAAUAUGCAAAGAUUAGCGGACACAAUAACAACAAGAGAUCAGUCUAUCGAGAAGAGGAGUAGAGAAUGCAGGAGGCGUGCUAGGUUUCCGAAGUGUGAUUAAGAAAAAUAUUCGACAACAUGUUUGCACAUGCUCAGAAACAUAUAUACCUACGAUUGAAUGCUAGGUCGGUAUGAAUGAUGCGUUGUGCAGUUGUACAUAUGUAUGUAUGUUGUUGACUCAUGACAAGUUAAACUCAAGCGCUAAAUGAGCAUGCGCGCCAACGGCUUAUUACUACUCAUAAUUAAGCUACAAUUAAUCAGAAAGCCAAUCAAAAAAAUGAUAAAUGUUUUUUUGUUUUUAAUGCAUAAAAAAACUCUUAGUUAUUAACUUUUUGGGCGUUAUAGUAUUAUUUGAAAAAAAAAACAAUGACUGGAUUGCGUUUGAUGCGAUGGAUGCCCCAAAGCCGUUAGACGAAUUACAAUGAGGAACCAGUAGCUGAUCUGUCCGUAUCAUAUUGGCUUAUAAAAGCACAAUCAGCUGUAGCUAAGACAUCAGUUAAACAGUGAACAACCAACAGCAAGUGGUUUUGUGUUGAUACUAAACUAAACGAACGAUAAGUCAGAAAAUGCGUCUAUUUUUGGUACUUUGCUGCGCUUUGGUUACAAUCGCCAAUGGCAAACCACAAGGAUACAAUUAUGGCGCUGGUGUUUCGGGCGGUAACGCACAGGGUGGUGCUUACCACGGUGGCAGCAGCUUUGGCGGUGGUCUGAGCGGACUCGGUGGCCUGAGUGGCGGUGGCAGUAGUUUUGGCGGCUUCGGCAGCGCCUCACACAACGGUCCAAGCUUCAGUGGUUUCGGCAGUGGUGGCAGCAUUGGUCACAGCGCUGGUGGCUUCGGCAGCGGAAUUGGUCACAGCGCUGGUGGUUUCGGCAGCGGUAUUGGUGGUGGUUUCAACGCGGGCGCUGGUGGAUUUGGUGGCUACAAUGGACAUCAACAACAAACUGGUGUCUUUGACGCCCCACUCGUGCAUAAGCAAUUCAUCACCGUUUCAGCGCCUGAGGAUCAUGAAACACUAGAGAAGAGCAAACAUUUCGUUAUUGGACGCCCACAAAAGAACUACCGUGUCGUCUUCAUUAAAGCGCCAUCCUCCAGCUCGGCUAAUGUCAAACUCUCAGCUGAAUAUGCACCACAAGAGGAGAAGACCGUCAUUUAUGUGCUGUCCAAGAAGGACUCAUCACUCGAAGUCAACGACAUUGCCACACCAGCACCAACCGUGCCCGCCAAGCCAGAGGUAUUCUUUAUCAAAUACAAAACCGAAGAGGAAGCCCAUCACGCACAACAACAAAUUCAAGCCGAAUACGACAGAAUCGAAGGUACCUCCGAACACACGGAUGGCGGCAUUGGCCAACAACAAUCGGUGGUUGGCAUUCUGGAUGGCGGUGCUGGACAAGCUGGUGGCAAUGGCGCUGGUAUUGGUGGUGGUGUUGGUGGUAGCUAUGGCUCUGGCAGCGGCGCUGGCAUUGGAGGCAUUAGCGGCGGUGGUUUGGUUAGCGCUUCUAGCUCUAACUUUGGUCUUAGCCAAAGCAGUUCACAUGGUGCUAAAUCAUCCACCUACUUGCCACCUUCCAAAGUUUUGUAAAGAUAGGCUAUGUAGCAUUUUUCAAUUAUAAUGUUUGUUAUGUCAAUUUUGUUUAUUAACGCAAUACCACAAAAGCAAUAACUCUUCUACACAAUAAUUUAGAGUGUUCACUGUAAAACC